UAUUUUCCGAAAAUUGUCGUUGGUUGCCCCUGAAAUAUAUAUCAUAGCCAUUAAAUGUGCUAAUUUUAGCACAUUUUGUGCCAUCUCGUAUGAUUCGCGCGCGCACUUUUUGCAACAGCGCCGUUGAAAAGAUUAACAAACAAAAUGGCGUUGGAAAUUAUCUCCUUAGGAGAUGAAUAAAUUCCAUUUCUGUCAUCAUUACCACCUCUGAAUUUAAGGCAAGACCUUGACAAUUUCUCUAAAUGUGAGGACUGCUUAUGUUAAACAACGUAGUGAGAGUGUUUUUGACAAAUCCAGUGACGAAGAGAUGUAGGAGAUGUCAAUUCUUUCACAGCUACACCAGUAAACUAAAAGGAACCUAGUGGCUGUAAACGUCCAGGUGUACGACUUCUAUCAGAGAUCAAUAUGAUGGAAAAGGUACCAACUCUAGUUAACACUCAGACCCCUUUUACAAAUUUUUGAACGGCCAAAAACUUGCAGGGAUCCGCCUUUUCUUUACAUGCGACCGGCGGAACCGUGAAGUUUUUUAGCUGCAAACAGUACCGCAAUCUGUGAGAGAAUUUGCGCGUUCUCUCUAAACGUGGCGUUUAUCUUGUGUGGACUGUGCAAAGAGCAUUCUGAAAAAGAAGUGAGCAGGAAAAACAAUGAGGGAAAGGGGUGCGGAGUGAGAGUCGUAAAAACCCCUUUAAUGGUACUUUUUAACAAAAGCUCCUUCCGGAUCCUUCCGGUAUACCGGGUUCUGGUAAACGCUAUGAAUGGUUUAUUUUGACAGCUCUUGUCAACAUUCGAAGGUCUAUUACCUUAUGGAAAUGUGAAGUGACAGCGAUGGGAUCAUCAGUUAAAAGGCUUACCUUCAAAAAAGUACUUCGUCCACUGGCUCUCUUGGCCGCUUCGCGGCCUAAAAUGCCCGCUCCGCAGAACUGAUUCAACUGCAUUUACUAUGUUUAUUUUGAUAAACAGUUGGUAAUAAAAAUUAUUACAAAUUUUACAGCGAGCAAUAUCCACUGCCCGCAGUUAGCCCGCACGCUUCGAAACUCGCGAGGUUGAUACAUAGCAAGUCUAGCAGCUCGCAUGAGAGCGAAGUUAAGUGAUUCAUAAAGAGACAAAAUAGAUCUUUAAUAUUAUCUACAUUCACGGGACACCUCUAAAUGAGGAGGGAAUGAAGCAAUGCCAGUUAAUCACCAAUUAACCUGCCAUCAGGCGUUCUUCUAAAGCUAAAUCCAACUAAAAGAAGUAAUUGACGAAGAAAUAAGACUGGAGUAGGUCGCUGAUAAGCUGGUUUGUUUGUUUUUUGUUUUUUAUCUUAUUGGUAAUCAGGAGCCCAUAGGCUCCUGGUAAUAGUUCGUAAUAGCCCACGUUCAAUAAAGAAAAAUUCUAACAUGAAUCCGAGGCUUUCUGGUUACAUUUCUAUAUUAGGUUUGGUUUUCUAUGUGCUCGUGUAAAAUUUGCAAUUUUUGUCCGUGUUAGAUAUCGAACGCAGCUACUAGUGCCAGUCCCUCCUGAGUGCUGAAUUUUCAAGAUGGCGUCGCUUUGUUAUUUUCUAGUUUUAUCCUAUCGUUCAGCACUUUUUACCCUUUGAACAAGUAACCUAGGCAGUAUUUCGAGCUUUUUGAUAUUUUCUCCAGCUGCUGAACAUACUUUACAGCGAAAUAUGGAAGAAAAUUCACGAAGAGGACUUAAAACAAACACGAAGGGAUCGGCCUGUUUGCAAGAAAAAGCUUGGAAACUAUAACAAAUGUGAGUUUUCUAAUUUCUUCCUGUUUCAAUGGCCCAAAAUGAUUAUUAGUGUUUUGGUUACAUGGAUGAUAGUAGACUGCAAUUUGGCUGUCAGAGUUGUUCUGUCGUUUUAGUUGUGCGCUGUAGAUCAAUUCAAAAAUGCCCGAUUUUUUGCUCGUUUGCAGACACUGAGUUUAGGUCAGAUAAAAUAAGAAAAUUUUAGUCUUGUCCGUGGCUGCUUAACAAAUCUUAUGGUUUUAGAAAGUAGUUGUGUGAUGUAUUGUAUCGCAUGCGAAAAAUAAACUUCGCUCGUUAAAUUUUGAGGGUCCUGUGAGUUUCAGAAAAUGGUGAAAAUUUGCUUAUAAAAAUGGCGUCCGAGGGAGUCGAAUAAAGAGAUGCUCGUAUCUCUAAUACAAGAGCAGUGAAGAGCCUAUGUUUAUUAUAUUUGUACAUGACUCCACCAGACCUAUCUGUGAUGUUAGUAUGAACUCAUUCUGUUGACCCCCUUCCGUUGACAUUUUUAACAUUUUGCCCGGUUUUCUCUGACAACCACUCUUAAGUCAGUUUUACGAACUUGAUUUUAACAAAUCAUUAUGCAUACCUCUGUGGAAGAAUCAAAAUGGAUGUACACAGGUUUUCGAGAUUAUGAUCUACGACGAUCCAAAAUAAGAGGGUUUUUUUAAGGAAAAUUGAUGAGUACCAAACAUUGCAGACAAGUUUCCGUUUCCUUUUUAUAAGAAACAUUUUCAAACGACUUUAGCUUUUUUGGCAGUGAAUUCCCUCU